CAGCGCGCACGCGCACCAGCCGCCUUCCCUCCGCCGCGCAGGCGCGCUGCAGCCCGGUCGGCGGCGGCAGGGACAACAUGGCGGCGUCCUCUCUGUGCCGGGCGGCCGGGCGGGCCCUGGUGCGCCGCCCUCACAGCGCACCCUUACUGACCUUGACGAGGAACCGAGGUGCCGCCACCUACGCGCAGACACUCCAGAAUAUUCCCGAGACCCAAGUCACCACUCUGGACAACGGCCUCCGUGUGGCUUCAGAGGAGUCCAGCCAGCCAACGUGUACGGUGGGCGUGUGGAUCGGGGCGGGGAGCCGCUAUGAAAAUGAGAAGAACAAUGGGGCCGGUUACUUCGUGGAACAUCUGGCAUUUAAGGGCACGAAGAAGCGUUCUUGUGCUGCCUUUGAGAAGGAAGUGGAGAGCAUGGGUGCUCACCUUAAUGGGUACACCUCGCGUGAGCAGACUGCCUAUUACAUAAAAGCCUUGUCCAAGGACAUGCCCAAAGUGGUGGAGCUUCUGGCUGACAUUGUGCAGAACUGUGCGCUGGAGGAGUCUCAGAUUGAGAAGGAACGUGGCGUCAUCCUGCAGGAGAUGAAAGAAAUCGACAACAACCUGACGGAUGUUACCUUUGAUUACCUUCACGCCACUGCUUUCCAGGGCACUCCACUGGCCCACACCGUCGAGGGGACCACGGAGAACAUCAAGCAUCUGACUCGGGCGGAUCUAGCUUCAUAUGUUGAAACUCACUUCAAGGCACCUCGUAUGGUUCUGGCAGCUGCUGGAGGUAUUUCCCACAAAGAGCUGGUGGAUGCAGCUAGGCAACACUUCAGCGGGGUGCCCUUUGCGUACAAGGAGGAUGCUGUGCCUGUUCCGCCGCCCUGUCGUUUCACAGGGAGUGAGAUCCGUGCCAGAGAUGAUGGUCUGCCCAUUGCCCACGUUGCUCUUGCUGUGGAGGGGCCUGGAUGGGCUGAUCCGGACAACGUUGUCCUCCACGUGGCUAAUGCCAUCAUCGGGUGCUAUGACCGCACGUUUGGAGGUGGCAAGAAUCUGUCCAGCAGGCUAGCUGCGCUUGCAGUGGAGCAUAAACUCUGCCACAGUUUCCAGACAUUCAACACCUCCUACUCUGAUACUGGCCUCUUCGGUUUCCAUUUUGUUUCUGAUCCUCUGUCCGUAGAUGAUAUGAUGUUUUGUGCUCAGGGCGAGUGGAUGCGUCUGUGCACUAGCACCACAGAGUCAGAGGUGAAGAGAGCCAAGAACUAUCUCCGAAAUGCCAUGGUAGCUCAACUGGAUGGUACUACUCCGGUGUGCGAAACUAUUGGAAGCCAUCUCUUAAACUAUGGACGCCGUAUCCCUCUGGAGGAAUGGGAUGCCAGGAUUUCUGCUGUUGAUGCAAGAAUGGUGAGGGAGGUCUGCAGUAAAUACAUCUAUGACAAAUGCCCCGCGCUUGCAGCAGUUGGUCCCAUUGAACAGCUCUUGGAUUACAACCGUAUCCGCAGUGGCAUGUACUGGGUCCGUUUCUAGGACGUGUACCUGCUGGAUGGAAAUAACGAAGCUGUGGACCAUGACAAGGCUCCCAGCGUUGUCUGACUCUGAAUGUCUUGUGUACCGGGGCAAGGAGGAGUCCCAUCAAAAUGGCUGUCUUCUCGGUAUUAAAUGUAUAAUAAAAAAAUAAACAUAUCCCACGUGGAGUUGGCUCUGCUGGGUGUAGACCAUG